AUUGCUCACUAGCAUUCGACGGUGGUUUCUCACACCAACAACAGUGGUGCAAACGAGACCCAACUCAUACGUACCCAUUCUCUCUAUUUCACAAUUUCGUCUUAGUAAAACCACCGUUUUCUGGGAAAAUCAAACCCACACUAACCUCUCCAAUCUUCCAUUCUUAUCUCCUUUUCAAUUCAACGGAACCAUAACGAUUUCGCCAAAACUCACUUCGUUUCUUCACCCGAAAAUCUCGACCCUCACUCCGGUGCGUGUUUUGUGAGCGCAAGGUACGAAUAUGGAUCACCAUGAGGAUGAAAGUAACAGCAAACAAGAUGACGAGGAAGCUGUUGCUCGCCUUGAAGAAAUAAAAAAAUCUAUUGAGGCAAAGAUGGCUUUGCGUCAAAGCAAUUUGAAUCCUGAAAGACCUGACUCAGGAUUUUUGAGGACGCUGGAUUCCAGCAUUAAGCGCAAUACUGCUGUGAUUAAGAAGCUGAAGCAGAUUAAUGAAGAGCAGCGCGAAGCAUUGAUGGACGAGUUGCGAAGUGUCAACUUGAGCAAAUUUGUCAGUGAAGCUGUGACAGCUAUAUGUGAUGCCAAGCUUAGAAGUUCUGAUAUACAAGCAGCAGUUCAGAUCUGUUCUUUGCUACAUCAAAGGUACAAGGACUUUGCACCAAGCCUGAUACAAGGGCUUCUCAAAGUCUUCUCUCCUGGAAAACCUGCCGAUGAAUCAGAUGCAGACAGAAACUUGAAGGCAAUGAAGAAGCGCAGCUCUCUGAAGCUUCUAUUGGAGCUUUUUUUUGUUGGAGUUAUUGAAGAUGGUCACAUUUUUAUCAAUAUCGUAAAAGAACUUACCAGUGUGGAACAGCUAAAAGAUCGGGAUGCUACACAAACAAGUUUGACCCUUCUUUCUAGUUUUGCUCGGCAGGGAAGAAUUUUUCUAGGACUUUCUGUUACUGGGCCCGACAUUCAUGAAGAGUUUUUUAAAGGCCUAAACAUCACAGCAGAUCAGAAGAAAGUUUUCCGGAAAGCAUGUUAUUCGUUUUAUGAUGCUGCAGCUGAACUACUUCAGUCUGAGCAUUCUUCACUUCGACUAAUGGAGCAUGAAAAUUCUAAGAUUUUGAAUGCAAAAGGAGAGCUCAGUGAUGAAAAUAUCGCUUCUUAUGAAAAGCUUCGUAAAUCCUAUGACCACUUGUACCGUAACGUAUCAUCAUUAGCAGAAGCACUUGAUAUGCAGCCUCCUGUAAUGCCAGAGGAUGGCCACACUACAAGGGUUACCAGUGGUGAGGAGGCUAUUACUUCAGCUUCUGGUAAAGAUUCUUCUGUUACUGAACCCAUUUGGGAUGAUGAAGAUACGAGGACUUUCUAUGAAUGUUUACCUGAUCUUAGAGCUUUUGUUCCUGCUGUGCUUUUGGGAGAAAUGGAGCCAAAAAGCAGUGAGCAAUCUGUGAAGAGUCAAGACCAACCAACUGAAACAUUGCCCGAGUCAGACAAAGGUCAACUGACUACUCAUGAAAGUGGAGAGGUUUCCACCGAGUCUAAUACUGUGCCAGAGGGAGAAAGCGUAGAAAGAGUGAAGGAUAAGGAAGACAAAGACAAGUCUAAAGACUUGGACAGAGAGAAGGAAAAAGAAAAAGAUAAUGACAAAAAGGCAGAAAAUGAAAAAGACAAACUCAGAAGUCUUGAAGGGACAAAUUUGGAUGCUCUACUGCAGAGGCUUCCGGGUUGUGUGAGCCGGGACCUUAUAGAUCAAUUAACUGUAGAGUUCUGUUAUCUAAAUUCAAAAUCAAAUCGGAAAAAGCUUGUGAGGGCUUUGUUCAAUGUACCGAGGACAUCUCUGGAACUGCUACCAUAUUACUCGCGCAUGGUUGCCACACUGUCAACUUGUAUGAAGGAUGUGUCCUCCAUUCUCUUGCAGAUGUUGGAGGAGGAAUUCAGCUUCUUAAUUAAUAAAAAGGAUCAGAUGAACAUUGAGACAAAGAUAAGAAACAUCAGGUUCAUAGGUGAACUUUGCAAGUUCAAAAUUGCACCUGCUAGCCUAGUCUUCAGUUGUUUGAAGGCCUGUCUAGAUGAUUUUACUCAUCACAACAUUGAUGUAGCUUGUAAUCUUCUUGAAACAUGUGGCCGUUUCCUGUAUCGGUCUCCAGAAACUACUAUACGAAUGGCUAACAUGUUGGAGAUACUGAUGCGCUUGAAAAAUGUCAAAAACUUGGAUCCAAGACAUAGUACUUUAGUGGAGAAUGCAUACUACCUUUGCAAACCACCAGAACGAUCUGCACGAGUUGCUAAAGUUCGUCCUCCAUUGCAUCAGUAUAUCAGAAAAUUACUUUUCUCAGAUCUUGAUAAGUCUACCAUUGAGCAUGUGCUGAGGCAACUACGUAAAUUACCAUGGAGCGAAUGUGAACCAUAUGUGCUGAAAUGCUUCAUGAAGGUCCACAAAGGCAAAUAUGGUCAGAUCCACCUGAUUGCAUCUCUUGCUGCUGGGUUAAGUCGCUAUCAUGAUGAGUUUGCUGUCGCCAUUGUUGAUGAGGUUUUGGAGGAGAUUAGAGUUGGGCUGGAAUUAAAUGACUAUGGUAUGCAGCAAAGACGCAUUGCCUACAUGCGAUUCUUAGGGGAGCUUUACAACUAUGAGCAUGUCGACUCGUCUGUUAUUUUUGAGACACUAUAUCACAUUCUCAUCUAUGGCCAUGGGACCCCAGAGCAAGAUGUACUCGAUCCACCUGAAGAUUGUUUUCGUAUAAGGUUGAUCAUUACUCUGCUUGAAACUUGUGGGCAUUACUUUGAUCGUGGCUCUUCCAAGAGGAAACUUGAUCGAUUCCUAAUACACUUCCAGAGGUAUAUUUUAAGCAAAGGUGCAAUGCCUCUGGACAUGGAAUUUGACUUGCAGGAUCUGUUUGCUGACUUGCGUCCCAAUAUGGUUCGUUACACAUCUAUUGAGGAAGUGAAUGCAGCUCUAGCAGAACUUGAGGAACAUGAUCGUACAGUUUCUGCUGAUAAGGCCACUAGUGAAAAACAUUCUGACACUGAAAAGCCUUCAAGUAGGAUCACUUCUACCACAGUGGUUGGCAAUGGACAGAACAUUGAUAAUGGUGCAGAGGAAAAUGGAGUGCAAGAUGAUGUUAAUGAGAGUGAGACUGAUUCAGGGAGUGACACAAUUGAUGUGGAGGGACAUGAUGAUGAAGAGUUGGAUGAAGAAAAUCAUGAUGAUGGGUGUGAGACUGAGGAGGAUGACGAUGAAGAUGAUGAUGGGCCUGGGCCUGCUUCUGAUGAGGAGGAUGAAGUUCAUGUGAGACAAAAAGUGACAGAGGUGGACCCUCUGGAAGAAGCCAAUUUUGAUCAGGAGCUAAAGGCUGUAGUACAGGAGAGUAUGGAACAGCGAAGGCAGGAGCUCCGAGGCCGUCCUACGUUGAACAUGAUGAUUCCAAUGAAUGUAUUUGAGGGAUCUGCCAAGGAUCACCAUGGGAGGGGAGUUGGUGGGGAAAGUGGUGAUGAAGCACUGGAUGAGGAUAAUGGUGGAAACAGAGAGGUUCAGGUGAGAGUUCUUGUGAAGCGUGGGAACAAGCAACAAACAAAGCAGAUGUUCAUCCCACGGAAUUCCUCACUGGUGCAGAGUACAAAACAGAAAGAAGCAGCAGAGCUUCAAGAGAAAGAAGAUAUUAAGAGGCUUGUCUUGGAGUAUAAUGAUAGAGAAGAAGAGGAGCUUAAUGGAUUAGGGACCCAGCCAACAAACUGGAUGCAGAGUGGAGGUAACAAGGUUAGUGGCCGUGGCAACAUUCUUGAAGGAACUGGCGGCAGGGGUGGGGGAUCACGACAUCGACAUCAUAAUUAUUCUAGCAGUGGAAUCUACUAUAGCAGAAGAAAGUGAAUGGUACUCGAGUGAAUAUGGAAGGCAGAUAUUUUAUGCCAUCUGCUUCCCCUCAGCAUGACAAAUAUUUGAAGACAAAGUUCAUCAGAUAUUCAUUAGUAAAGGCCUAGCCUUGUCUUUUGCCACCACUGUCAUGCUUUGCCGUUCAAAAGAUUCUUGUCAAAGACAAAUAUUAUCACUUAUCUUGUUGUUAAGUGGUGGUUUUGAACAUGGUGUGUUGGAGAUGCAGGGGUUGUAAAGUGAUGUAUGCACUGUUUUGGUUUCCUGACCAUAAGCUGACAUGCAGGAUGUAAGAUUGUGGGUGGCCCGCAGCAUGCUGCAGAUGAAAUCCUGUAAUUAUAUCCUGGCCUCACAACUCCAAGCUUUUUGUAUAGCUAUCUGUAUGGAGAUAAAAUCACUAAAUGUAUGGUUUUGGUGGUUUUAACUUAGUCAGCCACCUUGGUUUGAUUAUAUAUUUUGUGAAGAAUGAAUAGGCAAAGAAAAUGUCUUGAUACUUCGUUAACAUAUCAAAAUUGUGCCAAACCCUUAGUCUAUUCAGAGUCACUAAAUGUCUCCCAUUCGUGUUGCCUAUUUUGAAACAUCAUUACAUUUCAGUUCAACGAGUAAUUCUUUUUAUAGACUCUUGAGAAUCAGUUUGAUCCCAGACUGCUCAGUGGGGAUCGA